AUGGCGUCGCCGCCGGAAGUCCGACACUCGUCUUUUUCAAGACAAUCAAUUAAUCGAUUGGUCUCUACGGUGCCACAAGACAAGGCACUUCUCUUGCAUUUGCUGAAACAGAUUGAACAUGGCUACCUUGCUGUCAAAACCUGGAAAGCAGGAACCCAUAUGGGACAAUUUUGUGAACUUGCAUUGGUUGUCAGUAGAAUGAUGAAGAAUUUCAGCUCCCUGCCUUGCUUACCGAGCUCUGGGAGGUUCUUGCAAGAUCUCAAGUCCUCUUCCUGUGUGGGUGCCAUCGCUGCCGCAGCUCCAAAUGGGCAAGUUUAUGAAGGGAAAGUCGUCCUUGUCCUUGCUGGGCGUUACUCCGGACGCAAAGCUGUUAUUGUUAAGAAUAUUGAUGACGGCACCUCUGACCGCCCCUACAGCCACGUUCUGGUGGCUGGCAUCGAUCGCUACCCACGCAAAGUGACAGCAAGCAUGGGCAAGAAGAAGAUUGCCAAGCGUUCCAAGAUCAAGUCCUUGGUGAAGGUCUACAAUUACAACCACUUGAUGCCUACCAGGUACUCCGUUGAUAUUCCCCUACACAAGACCGUUGUCAACAAGGAUGUCUUUAGGGACCCUGCGCUGAAACGUAAAGCACGGCGGGAGGCCAAAGCGAAAUUUGAGGAGAGAUACAAGACAGGCAAGAACAAGUGGUUUUUUUCCAGAAGCUCAGAUUCUGAGUGGCAUGCAUUUGCACCAAUAAAUAUUUUUGAAAAGCCAAACAAAUUAAAAUUAAAAAAUAGACACAUUACAAAACACCAAUGA